AUGCCCGCUCGUUUCUGCAGGAACUGCAGUAAUCUUCUCUAUCCUCAGGAGGACAAAGAGUACUUUCUCCGGGAACGACGUCGCCGUCUGCUGUACGUGUGUCGAACGUGUGCGUACCGAGAGGUGGUUCAGAACCUCGCGGAACCCGUGCAUCGUCACGUUGUGCACCACUCGGCUAGCGAAAAGACUACCGUGCGUUUGGAUGCACCAUUAGAUCCGACGCUGCCGCGGACACAUCACGUGACUUGCGCCAAGUGCGGCCACCACGAAGCGGUUUACUUUCAGUCUCCGGUGGGGCGCAACGACGAAGCACUCGUACUGGUGUUCAUCUGCGUGCACUGCAAGAAUACGUGGCUGUCUUCGGACGAGCAGUAG